AAAAAAAAAAAAAAAAGGCAGGACUUCAGGAGGGAGGGAGGACAAGAAAGCAUGUCUACUUUUCGUUGGUCACUUUCAUCGCCACGUCUAUCCCUAAGAAAACUGCUCUACAACCACAACCCCCCGCCACAACCUCACCAUCUCUGCCUCCACGGUGGUGGUGUUGCCUGUUCUCCCAUAAUGUCUGCUAGUACAAAUUCUGAUCAAAAUAAUAAUACCCAUUUCAUACCAGCUUCUGCUUCUACUUCUAUGGCGGAGUCGUACCAAGUAGUCCCGGGAGGAGGGCCGUGCAGUAGUAGUACUACUUCUUCGGACGAAACAGACCAAUUUGCUGAGCAAACUUUUCAAAGGUACGCAGUUUCUCAGUCUUCGUCCGAUAUUGCAAGGAGAAAUGGAAAGGGAAUAGCCAUUGUUUGGUUCAGGAACGAUUUGAGGGUGUUGGACAAUGAGGCUUUGUAUAGGGCCUGGGUUUCGUCCGAGGCUGUUUUGCCUUUGUAUUGUGUGGAUCCUCGACUUUUCAAUGCUGCCACCCAUUAUUUUGGCUUUCCGAAAACUGGAGCUUUGAGAGCUCAAUUUCUCAUCGAAUGCUUGGCUGACUUGAAAAAGAAAUUGAUGAAGAUGGGCCUAAACUUGCUCAUUCAGCAUGGAAAGCCAGAGGAAAUUAUCCCUACACUCGUGAAAGCAUUUGGAGCCCACACAGUGUAUGCCCAUAAAGAAACCUGCAGUGAGGAGGUCAAUGUAGAGAGAUUGGUUAGCAGUUGUUUGCGAAAGGUGGAGACUUCCACAAACAUUGCUAAACUCCAAUUGGUUUGGGGAAGUACUAUGUACCAUAUAGAUGACCUGCCGUUUAAUACCAGUUGUUUACCAGAUGUUUAUACUCAGUUCCGUAAGUCAGUUGAAUCCAAGUCUAAGGUGCGAGGUUGUAUUAAGAUCCCAUCAUCACUCAGUCCUCCACCCAGCAUUGGGGAUUGGGGACAUGUUCCUUCACUUGAUCAGCUUGGACAUCUUGGGGAAAAGGUCAACAAAGGGAUGAGAUUUGUGGGUGGGGAAAGCGCCGCACUGAGUAGAGUGAACGAGUAUUUCUGGAAGAAGGAUUUGCUGAGGAUCUAUAAGGAAACACGGAAUGGGAUGUUAGGGCCUGAUUACUCAACAAAAUUUUCCCCAUGGCUUGCUUCAGGAAGUCUUUCUCCCCGUUUCAUAUAUGAAGAGGUAAAGAGAUACGAAAAGGAGAGACUAUCAAAUGAUUCCACAUACUGGGUUUUAUUCGAAUUGAUAUGGAGGGAUUACUUCAGGUUCCUAUCAAUCAAAUACGGAAAUUCUAUUUUCCAUUUAGGUGGUCCAAGAAAACUGCAGUUGAGUUGGAGUCAAGACCAGCUUUUGUUUGAUUCUUGGAGAGAUGGCCGUACCGGGUACCCUCUCAUAGAUGCUAACAUGAAAGAACUGUCAACCACCGGCUUCAUGUCAAACCGAGGGAGACAGAUUGUAUGUUCGUUUCUUGUUCGAGAUAUGGGAAUCGACUGGCGCAUGGGAGCUGAAUGGUUCGAGACAUGCCUUUUGGAUUAUGACCCUUGUUCAAAUUAUGGUAACUGGACAUAUGGAGCAGGUGUUGGGAAUGACCCACGAGAAGAUCGGUACUUCAGCAUCCCUAAGCAAGCCCAAACAUAUGAUUCUGAAGGGAUCUAUGUAGCAUACUGGUUGCCGGAGUUAAAAGCGCUUCCGAAAGAGAAGAGGAACUUCCCUGGACGUUCAUACAUUAAACCAGUUGUACCUCUCAAGUACGGAAACAAUAACAAGAACAUUCACAAGGACCCUGCCUUAGCAGAAAGGCGCUCUCGUUCUCAAGGAAACAAGAUGAAGGGCUUCCGGAGGUAGGAGACGACAUUUCCUCAUCAGUCUCCUAUACACUUACUUCAACCACAUUCCAAAUUAUACAACAGCUUUCCUAAAUUGAAAGCUAAAUUCUACUAUACAUUCUCACGAAAAGAAGAGAAGAAUUUCCUAGUCGUAGCGGGGGUUUAGUUUUGAGAGGAGGUUUGUGGUUUGUUAGAUUGAUUGUACUACUAUUAAAUGGGCAAAGAUAUGGAGGGCUAGUGUACUUGUAAAAUGAUUUUCUUCCAGUUGUUACAAUCUUGCAGAAUUCAUUCUCAAAACAGGCAUAAAAAGCCUCAAUUUGAUUUGGGAUUCCUAACUUUUGAUGAUCA